CCUCCAACUACUUCCUGGUCGGCUUUCAUGCCCUCAAGAAAGAUGGCUCAGGCACUUCCAGUUCAGGAGCUGCAGCUCCCAGUUUUUUCCGCUUCAGCUGUAAGGCUGCAGCUGACAGACUUCCUACAAGGGAAAGCUGCAUGACAGAUGACCACAAACACUGGCAACCUGUUUACUCCUGGACACUGCCCAAAGAGUUACUCAAUCAUCAGUGAUCCAUUCACAGUGGGGCCAUGGAGGGAGAUGAAAUCGCAUCGAGCCACCCCUCAGAGGACAGCAGCAUACUGGACCUUCCCUCUGCUUAUGAUAUAACAAGCUUCCUGCCAGAACACAGCACUGGGACCAGUGACGAGCCUUGUAGUUCUGUGGAUACUUUUGCCUCAUCAGCAUGCUUAGGUUGCAUGGUGAUUUUUCCCUACUGGCGCCAAAGAAUUUUCCUUGGGCAGACUGGUGCUAGUAGCCCAGAUCCUGAAGAAGCUCAGCAUGCAGCUAGCAUGAGCGUUUCGCAUGGACACUGUGAGGAAGCAAAUCCUAGACAUCAUCCAACUGCAGAGCCAUUUCAACCUGCUGAACCUAGUGGGAUUCCAUUCUCUUGGACAUAUGAGCAAGAGGGUACAGAAGACAUCAGCAUUAGAAAGUCUCUAGACAGCUUCUAUGAAACAUGUUGUCAGCAGCAGCCCAGCAGAGGGGAUCCCACAUACAAUGCAGCUUCAGAAUGGCUCUCUCUCAAAAUUCAGGACCUGGCAAACAAGGAAGGAGGAAAAUAUUCCUUGUGCAGUCUCUACAUGGCCCAGAUGGUUUUGAACAGAGAUGGAUGUAAGGUCUUUCCAAACCACUCCAGCAAAGCUUGUUUCUCGGGACCAGCUAAUGGAGAAGUUGCACUGGAAGAAGGAAAGCGAACACCGGGACUGUCAGAUGAUGUCCUCCAAUUUCUCUUAAAACAGAAUGUGAUGAAAUCAUAGGGCCUGAUAUUUGGAGCUAAGGGAGGGGUGAGCAAGCUGUUUGUUUGGUUUUGCUGUGUCUUUUAGCAGAGGGCACCAUGUAGCAUUUAGCGCCUGCUCUGAGUAGAGACAGCUCUGCCUCAGGAAAGGUCAAUCCUUCCUUGAGCCUCCCACUUAAACUGCAAAACCACCCAUUACAUCUUCUCUCCUGCCCUUGGACUCCAGCAUGAAUUUCACAUACGUAUUGAACUUCCUUCCCAGCAUCUGAGCGGUGACUCUGGUGGUUAGUGGACUUGUUCUCCAGUUCCAACUGUUGCUGUUAUCCUAAAGCUCACCCUGUGACCAUGCCCUUCUCCGAACCUGCCUUAAGGUCUCUCCAUACUCUGACCCUGACUUAUACAAAGCUAGAUCCUGCUACCUUCAUAUUCAGUGAAUCUUACUACUCAAGUAGCUCCCAUUUAUUUCCAUAGGGCUAUUCACGGAAUGUGAUGCUAUUCAAUGAGAGUUUGUAAGCGUGGCCUAUCAUGACAAGGCUCUCUACCACCACCGCCACCAUCUGGAUACCAAGCCCUUAUCUCUGCAUCAUCUAAGAUUGCCAGCAACCAAGGCUGCCUAACUUACCUGCACCCCCAGCACAGCUGAACAGUGUCCUCACACUGAGACCUAUCCCUUUUAUACUUUUGCCAAUACCUGUAAGUCCCAUUUACUGUAACAAACAGGAUAUGGAGUGCACAAGCCUAGGCAGAUAUCUUUACAAAGGGUGUAGGCUUGGAAUGAUUAGAUGUGUAUUGGCAGAUGUCAGUUUCACCAUGCACACACAACCCUUGAUGAAAAAAUAUUUCCAUCAAUAAUUGACAUUUAUAAAUAAGCAGCAAUUUUCUUUGCCUGAGAACUUAGUUUGCUCUGAUGAUAUUUUGACAUGUGAUGCUGACAAUUUGUGUUUUAGUGAUUAUAAAGGUUACAUUUUUUAA